AUGAGAUUUGGAAGAAAUGGCAAGUUGAGUCCAAGAUAUAUUGGACCUUUUGAGAUUUUGGAGAGGGUUGGAGUUGUAGCAUACAAAAUUGCAUUGCUUCUAGAGUUGGCUAAAAUUUAUAAUGUUUUACAUGUAUCAAUGCUGAGGAAGUGUGUACUUGAUCAGAGUCAUGUAUUGAAUUAUGAGCCUAUUGGGAUCAGGGAAGAUUUGACAUAUUCAGAGUAUCCAGUUAGAAUUUUGGACUGGAAGGAGCAAGCCUUGAGGUCAAGAAUGGUUAAGCUAGUGAAGGUUUUAUGGAAAAAUCAUUCAGCUGAAGAAGCUACAUGGGAGCACGAAGAUUAG